GUCAAAACACAAAUCCCAAAUACCUACAAUUUACAUUCAGUAAAAUUACAAGAUUGAAAUUUUAAUAUUACAUGUAAAAAUUUAAAUAAAACAAACAUGUUAAGAAAUCUUAUUUUUCCAAUAGCACGAACAAAGUUUCAAGUUAUAAAUAUAAGAAAUAAACAGAAAAAAGUGCCAAAAAUUGAUAAAAAGUUGCAAGCCGCCACGGAAUCACUUGCUGCGAGAGGUUUCCUUCGCCCCAACAAACCUUGGGACCCACCAGCUAAUAUUGAUGAGAUGAUACUUAAGAUAUGCAGUGAAAAUGGAUUAAAUUCAAAAUCUGAAUUUAAUUCCUUGGAAGUAAAAUUUGUUGUACUAAAAUCAUGUUAUGAAGAAACUGGACACAGUGUACCUAAUUCUUUGUUACAUACAAUUGAAACUGUUGAUGACUUAAGAACCUUCUAUGAAACACCUGUUGAUGUAAGAACACCAUUUGAUGCUCUAAAGAAGAUGGAUUUACCAAAAAAUCUACAUGUACAGGAAGAUUAUGUCAGAUUCCAUCCUGAAAAAGAUACACUAUUCAAUGGUCAAACAGUCUUUCCACAAAGUUCCACAAUUGUGUCCGGCCUGAAAACAAGAAAGAAGUAUGAGGGACACUCUGCUAAGCGGUCAUGGCCUUAAAUAUAAAUACGUUGAAAAUUCUCUAGCGAUAGUGACGAGAUAGUGAUUAUAAGUUUAUAAUAUAAAUUAGAUAAUAA